UGGUGGGGGCUUGCCAUGUGACAGAUGCCCUCUGAGACCUUGGCUGAUGAGGAAACACCAGCUGACAAGCCACACUUCUCCAUGCUUUGGGAGCCUGCCGAGGUGCAGCAGUGUGUUAAUGUCAGCUAAGAACUGGAAGAACACACAUGGUGAUUCUGAAAUAGUCAUACAAUGCAAGCACAUGAACUGCUAAGACAACUGCGACUUCCUGAGUUCGGAGAGGUCAGGCAGUAUGUUCGGACUCUUCCUACAAACACGCUCAUGGGCUUUGGUGCCUUUGCUGCUCUCACAACAUACUGGUACGCCACCAGACCCAAAGCUCUGAAACCGCCAUGUGACCUGGCCCUGCAGUCGGUGGAAAUAGAGGGAGGGGAUUAUGCUCGAAGAUCAGUACUUCUUGAGAGUGACCAGUCCUUGGCUUUCUACUACAAUGAUGCCAAGACAAUGUAUGACAUUUUCCAGAGAGGCAUGCGUAUUUCAAAUAAUGGCCCCUGCCUGGGAUCCAGAAAACCAAAUCAGCCAUAUGAAUGGAUGUGCUACCAAGAGGUGGCAGACAGAGCAGAGUUCCUAGGAUCUGGAUUACUGCACAGAGGUCACACGCCAACAUCUGAGCAGUUCAUUGGAAUCUUUGCACAAAACAGACCUGAGUGGACCAUUGCUGAACUCGCGUGCUACACCUACUCCAUGGUGUCAGUCCCACUGUAUGACACCCUAGGAGCCGAGGCCAUUGCUUACAUUAUCGAGAAAGCGGAAAUCUCCACAGUAAUCUGUGACACACCUGAGAAAGCCCAGCUUCUUCUAGAGUGUGCUUCUAAAGGAGUGCACCGGAUGAAAACUAUCAUCCUCAUGGAUGCUUUUGAUAUUGAUCUGGUGGGGCAAGCAAAGAAAUUGGGGAUUGAAAUUAUCAGUCUGAGGGAAUUAGAGUCUGUUGGAAAGUUAAACCGAAGGAAUCCAGUGCCACCAAAGCCGGAUGAUCUGGCGCUUAUAUGUUUUACCAGUGGAACCACAGGAAACCCCAAAGGAGCGAUGCUUACUCAUGCAAACAUUGUGUCCAAUGCAGCUGCUUUUAUCAAAAUAACAGAGAAUCUGCACGUCCUUACUUCUGAAGAUGUAGUGAUCUCAUUCUUGCCUCUGGCCCACAUGUUUGAACGUGUAGUUGAGUUUGUAAUUUUGUGCCAUGGAGCCCGGAUAGGAUUUUUUCAAGGUGACAUCAGACUUCUCAUGGAUGACCUAAAAACGUUACAGCCCACCAUAUUUCCGGUAGUGCCUCGUCUACUCAACAGAAUGUUUGACAGGAUAUUUGGACAAGCCAACACCCCUUUGAAAAGGUGGCUGCUGGACUUUGCGACUAAGAGGAAGGAAGCAGAGCUGAAAAGUGGAAUUGUGAGGAAUGACAGCGUGUGGGACAAGCUCAUCUUCAGCAAAGUACAGGCUAGCCUGGGUGGUAAAGUACGGCUCAUGGUAACAGGAGCGGCUCCUGUCUCUCCAGCAGUUCUGAGUUUCCUCAGGGCUGCCCUUGGAUGCCAGUUUUAUGAAGGCUAUGGGCAGACUGAAUGCACAGCUGGGUGUACGAUGACAUUGCCUGGAGACUGGACAGCAGGUCAUGUUGGACCACCAUUGCCAUGUUGUACUGUGAAGCUGGUUGAUGUAGCGGAAAUGAAUUACUUUGCUUCUAAAGGGGAGGGGGAGGUUUGUAUAAAAGGGCCAAAUGUAUUCAAAGGCUACCUGAAGGACCCUGAAAAAACAGCUGAAGCUCUUGAUGAAGAUGGUUGGCUGCACACAGGAGACAUUGGAAAAUGGUUACUGAAUGGCACUCUGAAGAUCAUUGAUAGAAAGAAGCAUAUCUUCAAGAUGGCCCAGGGAGAAUAUAUUGCACCAGAGAAAAUUGAAAACAUUUACAUUCGGAGUGAUCCUGUCGCUCAGGUGUUUGUCCAUGGAGACAGUCUUCAGGCGUGCCUCGUGGCAAUCACAGUGCCAGAUCCAGAGGUUUUGCCCAGCUGGGCUAAGAAGAGAGGGUUUGAGGGUUCAUUCACAGAGCUGUGCAGUAACAAGGAAGUGAAGAACGCUAUCUUGGAAGACAUGGUAAAACUGGGAAAGGAAGCCGGUCUGAAAUCAUUUGAGCAGAUUAAAGAUAUAGCGCUUCAUCCAGAGAUGUUCUCCAUUCAGAACGGCCUGCUAACUCCAACACUGAAGACAAAAAGAGGGGAUCUGAGAAACUACUUUCGGGAACAGAUUGAUGGUUUGUACUCCAACAUCAAGAUGUAACCGGCUGGAUUCAACAGGAAGAGUAACAGACAAAGCCAGGAAAAUAAACAAAAGUAAUAACUUUUAAACAACACACGUUUUUAAAAAUGUUAGCCUGCACACAAGACUGAAUUUGUAUGUCAUGAAUUUAACAAUAAGAGCACAGAAAAGGAAAGCUGCCUUAUCUGUUUACUGUUUAUAAGACUUCAAGGAAUGCCUUAGCCUGUUAAUGACAUUACGUUGUUUUUUUUUUGUUGUUGUUUUUUUAAAUACUCUUAGUAGGUCAGGUUGUUAUAUGGGUUUAUCAACAGUAACAAGUAUUGCAAAGUGCUUACGCUCCAUCCAGAUCAACUGAAGCUGAAUAUUUCUUAUAUUUGGUUGUCAAUCACUGACCAUUGUUACUAGACUGUAUUUUAAGACCUGGGCUAGAUUCUUUUGAAAAAAAAAAAAAAAACACACCAUUGCCAUUCUAAAAUGAAUAAGAAAUAAUUUAAGACUACUUACAAGUUCCUAAGUUAAAAGUUUUUAUAUCUGGUUUGAGUGUGUUUCUCCUUUUUUGAAAAACAACUAAUGAUGAUAGCUUUUAGAAUUUAGCCCAUGAUCUCAAUUUUGAUUAAAAAAUACAAGAUUAUAGUGAUUUAUUGAUCGGGGUGUAAACUUUACAGCUGCUGGCACAUUUUUACUACCAUUUGUACAUUAUUGUAAAGGGAUGGGUUCUGAGGAAUAUGAGAUGCUGCAGUGACCUUUUAGAUGUAAUCUGCAAGCCAUGUCUGAUCUUCGAUUUCAGUGUAAAUAUAUAUUGAAAUGCCUUUUUUUUAAUUUGGUUUGUUUGUUUGUUAUAAACUUGUUUUGUAUGCAAAUGUAGAAUAUUUAAUGACACCUGGACGUGUAAGUUAUGUAACUGGAGAGAGACAAAAAGAUACCAUCGAUGCAUUCGCUAUGUUUUGUAUAAAAUAUUUUGGACCUAUUGUACAGCAAGGGAAAUGCUCCAACAUGUCGGAUGCAAUAUACAAUGGAAUACUUUGGCGGGGAAGACACUGGGGACCCACCAUUUUGUUGUUGAUAUUGAUGUUCAUUUUCAGGAAAAAAAGAAUCUAGGUUUGUUAUCCUUUACUAGUAAACCUCUGUUUUUAACGAGAGAAUACAUUAUAUAUAUAUAUAUAUAUAUAUAUAUAUAUAUAUAUAUAUAUAUAUAUAUAUAUAUAUAUAUAUAUAUAUGAAUGAAUCAUUUACAGUGUGUCCCGUUAAUGCACUAAUGACUAGAUUUCUUCAUAUAUGUGCACAGCUGCUGUUAAAUUAAUUUGUUAAAUGGUGAAAAUGAAGAUUAUACGCUAAAAUCAUAUGAGAAAAACCAAAACUGUAAUUGGUGUCCUCCUUCCUUUCUGAAUGGUUGCUUUAAUGUCCUGGCUUUGUAUAUGUUUUGCAGAAAUAACAGAUACAUAUAUUUCUCCCAAGAAAAAAAAUAUUAAAAAAACCUGCAAUACCAAAUAAAAUAUUUUUUUGUGUGUA